CGGAGGCGCGAUAAGGGAGAGUCGAACCCUCCGCCAUGGUUUAAAAGGACCGGCUUCCGCACCAAAAGGCCACUCCGCAGAGCAGAUCCGUCCUCAGCACCGGCAGCCAUGACGUUCAACGGCUCUUGGAAGGUGGACCGAAACGAGAACUAUGACAAGUUCAUGGAGCAGAUGGGUAUUAAUCUGGUGAAGAGAAAGUUGGCCACACACGACAACCUCAAAAUCAUCAUCGAGCAGACCGGGGACAAGUUCCACAUUAAGGAGAGCAGCACCUUCCGCACGCUGGAGAUAGACUUCACUCUGGGAGUCAACUUUGAGUACAGCCUGGCAGACGGAACCGAGCUGGCGGGUACGUGGAAUCUGGAAGGUGACGUGCUUAAGGGGAAAUUCAACAGGAAGGAUAACGGAAAAGAGCUCAUUGCAUCCAGAAUCGUCUCUGGGGAUGAGCUCAUUCAGAGCUACAGUUACGAUGGAGUAGAUGCAAAACGAAUUUUCAAAAGGGCUUAGGACUUCCUUCCAAAGACCUCAUCUGUUUGAGCAGGGAUAGACAAAUGGGAUAAAACUAGACAUCUGGUGUCACUCGAAACGGCACAUCACCUCUGUCUAAAGACACCAACCGGGAAACCUGACUCGUUUCUGUCCCCAGGGCACCAGCACAGGAGUAAUGGCUUCAUGUGACAUUUUUCAAAAACAUAUUUCC